UAUUGUUGUUGUCCUACAGUUUACAUAAUUUCUGUACAGAAAAUUGGUACACAUUUCUGUGAAAUCACACCAUAAUCAUGGCAACGAUAAAAUACAUCGGUCGGACGAACGAUUUCCGUGGUAAAACGCUGUGGGAAAUCGUGGGUAAUCUUAAAAACUUUGGAGUUGGUCGCAUCGUGGUGCGUAGCAUGUUCGAGCGUUAUCCGGAGCCGAGUUUUAUGAAAAUAGUGAAAGUGGAAGCCCUACCGAAUGAGGAACCCGCCCGAAAAGUGCGAGUAACGGUGGAGAAAACAUUCCGUGGGCAAAAGAGUCCAAAUCUGGUGCAGAUCGAAAGUGUAUCCUACAAGGCGGACUACCGCUUAUUGGCGAAACACGAAGAAGAGUCGUACUGCAAACUGGUAGAACGUCAGGAGAAGAUAUUCCCUCGGGAAAUCGACUUGCCACCACUGCUGAAAGAAUUCGUCGCACGUGAAACUGGAAAGCCUGCUCCCAAGGUUCCAAUCAAACUGAAAGUUGGCCGCGAGAGCAGAUACCGUGUGGCGGAAGGUAACGAACAGCCGACGGUUCAAGUUACGAUGAACAUCGGUAAACCGGCCAGCCCCAGUUUAUACGCGAAUUGUGAAAUCUAAUGUGCAUUAAAUAGUAGUUUAUCCUGUG